AUGGUCGCCACUGGAUACCUGAUUGAUGCCUUUGCCACCACCGACAAGCCUGAUGUCUUUGAAAAGAUCCAAUACCAUGCGGAUCCUCUAGACGAGAAUCAAGUGUACAUCAAGAUCAAAGCAUGUGGCGUUUGCCAUACCGAUGUCUUGUUUUCCUCUACACCAGGUACAAUCCUUGGCCACGAAGCGGUUGGUGAAAUCGUAGAAGUGGGUCCCAAAGUUGAUCAUCUCGUUCCUGGAGAUGUGGUUGGGUUUGCCUACAUGAAGUCAUCCUGUCAAAGCUGCUUGCUCUGUCAUUCGGGUGAUGAUAUCAUGUGCCGUAAACGUAAAAUGUUCCCUGAAGGCACCAACAAUGGUUACGCCUAUGCUGCUGUAUGCGAUGGAAGAUUCGUAUACAAGAUCCCUAAAUCCAUUGAACCCAAAUACGCUGGUCCUCUCAUGUGUGCUGGUUCAACAGUGUUUUCUGCCAUGUAUGGUGCAAACCUUUCUCCAACAGCACGUAUCGGCAUUGUCGGCAUUGGAGGGCUAGGCCACCUAGGACUUCAAUUUGCACGUGCAUGGGGAUGCCAUGUCGUAGCCAUCUCAAGUGGUAGAGACAAGGAAGCAGAGGCACGUAAAUUUGGUGCGCAUGAGUAUUGGUGUUCAAAAGACUUUACUCCCGAUUUUAUUGAAAAGGCUGAAAAAUUUGAUAUGAUUCUCAGCACUGUCAGUGGUGAUUUGGAUUAUGACAUGUACUUGGAUCUUCUCAAGCCGAAUGGUAACUUUAGACUUGUGGGCAUCCCGCCCAACGAGAUCAAGUUCGGCAAGAUCCUUCCCUUUUUGUUGGAUCAAAAGAACUUCACAGGUGCUAUCCUAGGAGGUCGCAAGAUCAAUACCCUUAUGCUUGAAUUUGCUGCUCGGCAUAACAUCCGACCUCAAAUUGAAGAGCUUCCCAUGACCGAGGAUGGAAUCACUGAAGCGUUCCACAGGCUGCACAAGAAUCUGCCACGUUAUCGAACAGUCCUCAUCCCUCCUUCUGAAACCUCCAGCGAGUAG